AAAAGAACGGAGGAAGUAAUAUCCUAUUCCCUUGCAAACAAACAGGUCUAGUAUCAUUCGAAGGUGGCGAUUUCGAAUAAAAUUAAGCUUCUACAUUUUGCCGUUGUUAUUCUCCCUCAGUUCUUCAUCAACUGUCAACUAGUUUCUGUCAUCAUUAAAUGAUGGAACUAGAUCACCAAACUGACUUUAAAGAUCAAAAGUCCCCCGCUAUGCUCGAGAGUGGAGGAGCUACUGCUGAUUCCAGAAACCAGUGGAAGCAAAUGGGGGAAGACAAGAGAAAGAUUGCAGUUCAAGAAGAGAUGCACAGGAUGCAUCAAUUGCCUGCCAAUAGUAGCUAUGCUAUUCAUCGUCGCCGUGUUCUUAAUAAAAUAUUUCAGCUCAUGACUAUUCAGAGAUCUGUAUCUGAGGAUGAGGAGCUUGAGCUGCUUUUUUCUGGGCUGGCCAUUUAAGCAAAAGGAUGUAUCUGAAAUUGUACUGUCACAUCCUGCCUGCGGAUAUGAAUCGCUUAACACUGUCCUUUGGAAGCUGCAUCUGUUUAUGAUAUAAAGUAAGGGAGUUCUAACACACUAUUCUGAUUUCAUGUCCACAAGUGCAAAUAUCACUGACAAGUGACAAUGGUUAAAUGUAUAUAAAAAAAUUGUGAUGUUUCAUGCUCUGAUACGCACAUUUGUUGUUGGAUCGAUGAUGCUCAAUGUUCUUCAUUGGAAUGGAUUUUGUCUAUGCGUUGUUAGAAUCUCGGGGUUUUAUGUUGUAAUAAAAUGUCAAGUGUUAGCAAUAAGGUAACCUACCUUACAGAGUACAUACGUAUUCACCCAGAAUCACAUAGUAAAUAUUACAAAGGGGUGAUUGUUAUGGAGUAUUUGAGAAUUGAGAUGGCUGAACUUGAGUGCAGUAAGUAAAAAAGAAAAAGGUGGGAUUAUAAUGUGAAAAUAUUGUGUGUGAAAUUGGCUAGAACAAGGUGGUUCUUGCAUUAUUUGGCUACUCGUGCAAUUGAAAUUGAAUGUAAGUUGUGUUUUGGUUAUACAGAUUAAGAGUACUAAUUGUUUAGCAUUCAUUAACUUAUACUCCGUACUUUUUUAGCCCAAUGAAUAUUUGACUAUCUUGCGAUUAAUUGCAUGUUGUGGAAAAUGAUUGAUUUUAGAUUAAUUUUGUUUCAAAUGAACCUUUCAACAAUAUAAAGUUCGUCGCAUAAGGAAAAUAUCUAUUACUCCGUAGAUCAAUUUUAUAGUAUUGAUUAUUACACAAUAUUAGAACUUAUGCAUCGCAUGAACUUACAACCUAGUGGAGUAUUAUUUGUACUUUAGAGUUUUAAUCUUUUUUCAUAAUAUUGUUAUGAGUUAUGACACUAUUGGGAAGAUAAAUACAAUGUGAAAAACUUUGGUUUGGUUUUGAAGUAGUAGAAUGUUUGAGUGUGGUGAUUGAAAUAGUAGGAAACGUAAUUAAUUUGGGGUGUGACAAGUUGGACCACAUCGCCAAUUAAUUAAAGAAAAUUAAGUUGAAAGUAGAUGAUUAAAACAUAAAUAAUACGGGGAGUGAAAAGUGCGUCCCACAUCGGAAGUUAAGUUGAAAGUUGAUUUCGUCCUAGUUAAUAAAACGGAGGGGAGGCUUAAUGUUUGAGUUGCCAUACUAUGAACAAUGUUUAUGAUGAAAGGGUGAGAGAAUUGUUAGUUUAUUUUAAUUAUUCAUCAUUGUUAAUAGGGUCCCUCCCAUAUUGGUAAGUAAAUAGAAAGUUGUUUAGUAUAUUAAUAAUUGUUAAUUUGGUCGUCCCAUAUCGGUAAGUAAAUAUAUAGAAGUUGCUUAGUAUAUUAAUAUUGUUAGUUUGGUCCCUCCCAUAUUGGUAAUUAAACAGAAAGUUGGUUAGUAUAUUAAUAAUUGUGUUAAGUAGAUGUGACACCGAGCUUGGUCGUGUAAGCUCCUUGGAUCAUUGGCGAUUUAGCGGCACCAUACUGAAUGGUGGGUCCAUGCCUAGCGGGGUACUUGGAUUUCUGAAAGUGGGCUGCCUUGGUUUGGUGGGUUCUUAAUUUGAAUGAAUCUUACACCCCUGGCAGGUCCUGCGGCGUCAGGAAUCCAUUUU